AUGAUCGGUCUUGUCAACAUUCCAAUGCAGUCGACUACUGGUCUGUACGCUCCAAGGUGUGCCAUCAAGGCAUGGCAAUUAACGCCGUUCGAGGCAGCAGCGUUCAAUCAAUCAAAUGAUCAACAAGUGGACGAGAUUCAGUCAUAUUGCUCUCGCGUGCGUUCUGCUACCGGAGCAGGAUCGAAUACGCUAUUUAUCAUACCACAAGAAUACUCGCGCGGUUCAUUAAAGAUCACCGAACCGUGUGUUGAUGCGCUGGCGACGUCAAUUCAUGCAUCGCCCAUGUUCAAAACGAUGAUCAAUAGCUUCGAGAGGGAUCUUACCGACUACUAUAUUGGCAGAGCUCUCUUGGAGUUUAGUCCAUCAGCGACGCUGGACUCGCAAGGGUCAGCAAAAAAAGCAUUCGAGUUCUGCUGCUUACUUCCGUACAUUGAAAAGAACCAGCACAAAGUCAAGCAUCUGGGAGCCGACAACUGUUAUCGCGAAGUCCUGCAAUGGUCGGUGCGACAACAAGGGCUAUACAGCUCGUAUAAUUCCACAAACCCCAAGACGGAGACUACGGUGCUCGUCAAUCCCGCAGACGAGCUUUGGAGGCGCAUCAAAUCCACCUAUGGAGGUGUUGCAGUAAAUCUCAGCGUGGAUGAAGGAUGGCAGUCGAUUCCCUGCAGGGUUUUUGAAAGUCUUACGGCAAACUGGGCAACCUACAUUGCUUGCCUGCACAGGGCUGUGGAACAGAUUAAAAGAGAUGCUGCAGUCACACAUUUUGAUCAGCCCUUCCUGGGAGAGGCCAAUACCCAAAGCCUGCGUGAUGGGAUGGACAUGAUGGACAGAUUAGAGACUGCACAUCAUGUCCUGGGCAACAUCAUUUCAACCUUGUCGCAGAUUCAAGCAGAAGCCCUAAAGCACGAGCAAAUCUGGACACGCAACCGUGCCGAGGCCGAACAGGUCACGUUUUCGCAUCGAGUCAAGAGCGUGGUGCGCCAGCUCGAGUUUGAACGCAGCCAAGUCGAGCGCAUCACCACGCGGUUAAAGGGCGUCGUCGCAAUGGUGCGUAAUUCCAUGAAACAGUCCCGUCUGGCGUUCUUCAGGCUCACCCGUCGUCAGAUUCGCGAUCUCGUCAAUUUGCGGAGCACGAACAAUAUGGAAAAGAUGACGGCCCGCACAAUCAUGGAAGCCCGCACCAUGCGCAUCAUUGCCGUCGUGACGCUAUGUUUCCUGCCACCGACGUUUAUUGCUGGCUUUCUUGACAUGGGAUACAUUAAAGUCGCUUCUGGAGGUGGCCAGCUCCUGGUCAAUGCAGAGCCGGGUCUUUUGCUUUAUACUGCCAUUACGAUACCCGUUGUUUUAGUCAUUUUAGGCGGCUAUCUUUGGUGGGAUUGGCGGACUACGAGGAACCUCACUUCGUCCUUGGACCCAGUCUAG